AGAGGAGAGAGAGUGAGUGAAUAAGAGAGAGAAAAAGAUAGAGAGAGAGAAGAACAGAAAUUCAUCCGAUUGGCGCUCCAAUACUAGUCGACAGUGCUACCGUCGAUGAGAAGAUGGCCGCUGGGCUCGGUAGAAGUGUCGCCAUUGUUUAGUGUUUAGUUAUUUUAACAAUUUUCGCAUUAUUUUCUUUCGUUCAGCACGGGAAAAAUGCCAAGCGCAUCGUUUACGUCAUCGCGCAACUACGUGCGAAGAUCAAAAAGAAAAGGAGCUAAUAGAAUUCCCCUACCGUCAAGAACCACCUCGGCCGAGCCAUGCGAAUUGCCAUGUCCAGCAUCAAAUCAGAUUCCUACUGGCGGUGGUGUUGGUGGAGGUGGAGGUGGAGGAGGUGGUGGUGGUGGUGGUAGUGGUGGAAGAGGAUCUUCGCCUAGUGUGUCAGGUGUAGCUGCACCUUCACCAUCUCCAUCACAUUCGCAUUCUUCGCCAUAUGAUUUGAGACGAAAAAGUCCACCUCAUCCGGACCCAGCACCUGGCACAAGUUCUGCACUGCCCCCCUCAAGUGGCAAUAGUAUCGCUGCUACUCUUGGCAGUUUUACCCUUCCAGCAAGGAAACGACCACGGAGAACAUGUUCACUUUCUGCUGACGGUACAAAUACAAAUACAGCGGCACAUUAUCUCCAAUAUGAAUUACCGGAUGAAGUGUUGCUUACUAUAUUCAAUUAUUUAAUGGAACAAGAUUUGUGUAGAGUUUCACAAGUUUGUAAACGUUUUCAAGCUAUCGCAAAUGACACAGAACUAUGGAAAUCUCUAUAUCAACAAGUAUAUGAAUAUGACUUACCUUUGUUUAAUCCAGCACCUUGUAAAUUUGAAUUUGUUUCUCCGGAUGAGUCAGAUUAUCCAAAUCCAUGGAAAGAAAGCUUUAGGCAAUUAUAUAGGGGAGUACAUGUUAGACCUGGCUUCCAGGACUUAAAAUUUAAAGGGCGUAAUUUGCCAUAUUUCAACACAGUUCAAGGAGCAUUAGAUUAUGUAGAUGAAUAUAGAAGCAGCAACAGUAGUUCUUCUAAUAGCAAUGGAAAUACAAGUGCUCAAGGAAAUUGUUGUGGGAGUAAUUCUCAAACAAUAGAAGAAGCACCUCAACACUUGGUAUUCUUACAUGCUGGAACGUACAGAGGUGAAUUUCUUGUAAUCGACAGUGAUGUUGCACUUAUUGGAGCAGCUCCUGGUAAUGUUGCGGAAUCAGUCAUAUUGGAAAGAGAAAGUGAAUCUACAGUAAUGUUUGUAGAAGGUGCUAAGCGUGCAUAUGCUGGCCACCUUACUUUAAAGUUUACUCCAGAUGUUACUAGUACAGUUCCACAUCAUAAACAUUAUUGUUUGGAAGUGGGUGAAAACUGUAGUCCUACAGUCGAUCAUUGCAUUAUUAGAAGCUCGAGUGUUGUAGGAGCAGCUGUUUGUGUCUCUGGUGUUGGCGCUAAUCCUGUGGUAAAGAACUGUGACAUAUCGGAUUGUGAAAAUGUUGGGCUUUAUGUUACCGAUUAUGCACAGGGAACUUAUGAAGACAAUGAAAUCUCUCGGAAUGCAUUAGCUGGUAUUUGGGUUAAAAAUUAUGCCAAUCCAAUUAUGAGAAGGAAUCACAUUCAUCAUGGCAGAGAUGUUGGAAUAUUCACAUUUGAUAACGGUCUUGGAUAUUUUGAGGCCAAUGAUAUUCAUAAUAAUAGAAUAGCAGGUUUUGAAGUAAAAGCUGGUGCCAAUCCAACAGUUGUACAUUGUGAGAUACAUCAUGGUCAAACAGGAGGAAUUUAUGUUCAUGAAAACGGAUUAGGACAAUUUAUUGAUAACAAAAUUCACUCGAACAAUUUUGCUGGAGUUUGGAUUACUUCUAACUCAAACCCAACAAUUCGAAGAAAUGAAAUUUAUAAUGGCCAUCAAGGAGGUGUGUAUAUAUUUGGAGAAGGAAGAGGUUUAAUAGAACAUAAUAAUAUUUAUGGUAACGCUUUGGCUGGGAUACAAAUCAGAACAAAUUCAGAUCCAAUAGUUAGGCAUAAUAAAAUACAUCAUGGUCAGCAUGGAGGUAUAUAUGUACAUGAAAAAGGACAAGGUUUAAUAGAAGAAAACGAAGUCUAUGCCAAUACUUUAGCAGGAGUUUGGAUUACUACAGGAUCAACUCCUGUUUUAAGAAGAAAUCGAAUUCAUAGUGGAAAACAAGUUGGAGUUUAUUUCUAUGAUAAUGGACAUGGGAAACUAGAGGAUAAUGAUAUUUUCAAUCAUCUUUAUUCGGGAGUACAAAUAAGAACUGGAAGUAAUCCAGUGAUACGUGGAAAUAAAAUAUGGGGCGGACAAAAUGGUGGUGUUCUUGUGUACAAUAGUGGUUUAGGUUUACUUGAACAAAAUGAAAUUUUUGAUAAUGCCAUGGCAGGUGUUUGGAUUAAAACAGACAGUAAUCCUACAUUAAAAAGGAACAAGAUAUUCGAUGGGAGAGAUGGAGGAAUUUGUAUAUUUAAUGGUGGUAAAGGUGUCUUGGAAGAAAAUGAUAUAUUUCGCAAUGCACAAGCUGGGGUGCUUAUAUCUACACAAUCUCAUCCAGUAUUAAGGAGGAAUCGAAUUUUUGAUGGAUUAGCAGCAGGCGUUGAAAUAACUAAUAAUGCAACUGCAACAUUAGAAUUUAAUCAAAUUUUUAAUAAUCGAUUUGGUGGUCUGUGUUUAGCAAGUGGUGUACAACCUACGACUAGAGGUAAUAAAAUAUUCAACAAUCAAGACGCUGUGGAAAAGGCAGUUGGGAAUGGUCAAUGUUUGUACAAAAUUUCGUCAUAUACCUCUUUUCCAAUGCAUGACUUUUAUCGCUGUCAAACUUGCAACACCACAGAUCGCAAUGCAAUAUGUGUCAACUGCAUUAAAACUUGUCAUGCAGGGCACGAUGUAGAAUUUAUAAGACAUGAUCGAUUCUUUUGCGACUGCGGUGCUGGUACAUUAAGUAAUCAGUGUCAACUUCAGGGUGAGCCUACACAAGACACUGAUACAUUGUACGAUAGUGCUGCACCAAUGGAGUCACAUACACUUAUGGUUAACUAGGAAUUAACCUGAACUAAUUUAAAUAAUCAAACAACAUUGAACAUGUAAGUUGAAUUUAUUGCA